AUGUCACCACAUCGCGACGCACCUUCUCCCUCCAACGAUUUCACACCGAGUUCGUCGAGUGCGGAUUUCCAUCAUCCUGUCCAAUCUGUUUACAACAUGAACCAUUACAAUGACUUCGAGACCAGCUCGGUUGAGUCCGCUGAUGUUGGUCUUCAUCGUGCCCUGGUCCCUGGUAUCUACGUUCCCACCGUAGCCUUCUUUGAUCCUACAUCAGAUGAUGUCGAUACCAAGACGGUUGCCAGCCAUGCUGUGCGUUUGGCCAAAGCAGGAGUUGCUGGCAUUACCACCCAAGGAUCGAAUGGUGAAGCCGUACAUUUGUCACACAAAGAACGAAAUCUCAUCACAAGCACUACCCGCAAAGCUCUCGACGAUGCUGGAUUUGGGUACUUGCCCAUAAUCGUCGGCUGUGGCGCUCAAUCUACCCGAGAAUGCAUCGAGCUUUGCGAAGAGGCGGCAGCUGCAGGUGGUGAUUACGCCCUGGUACUUCCACCUGCGUAUUAUCAGGGACUGUUUUCCAAGGACACCGUCAAAGACUUCUUCAGAGACGUAGCCACUGCCUCUCCAAUCCCAAUUCUCAUUUACAACUAUCCCGGUGCUGUCUCAGGAAUGGACCUCAACUCCGACAUCAUCAUUGAGCUUGCUCAACACCCCAACAUUGUGGGCUGCAAAUUGACGUGCGGCAACACUGGCAAAUUGAACCGUGUCGCAGCCGCUACCCGAGCUGCAACUAUCUCAGAACCUGGCUCUGGCUUCAUGUGCAUGGGCGGUUCCGUAGACUUCACUCUGCAGACGCUUAUCGGAGGUGGAUCUGGCGUAAUCGGCGGCAUGGCCAAUAUCGCGCCCAAGGCGUGUGUGAAAUUGGUCGAGCUCGUUGAAUCUGGGAAAUUCGAGGAAGCCCGUAAACUGCAAGCGGUAAUCGCUCGUGGUGACUGGGCUGCUAUCCAAGGCGGAAUUAUCGGUACGAAGGCUGGUCUGAUGUCGCAUUUCGGCUACGGAGGUUUCGCACGCAAGCCUCUGCCCCGGCCAUCCAAAGAAGAGACACGCAGGUGGCGUGAAGCAUUCGAAGAAAUUGUUACCUUGGAGAACUCUUUGUAA